GUAAUUUCACAUAGACGACAUGACCAGGAGCCAUUAACCUCUUCCAGAACCAGCCAAGUAGAGGAUGUGGAGGGUCUAUGACUUGGUUUCCUGAUUUAGUCGCUGACAAACCUCAUACGGAAUGGACGCUGUGAAGCCGGUUUAUCUUCUCCUCAUCUGUCAAGGGUUCUAUCUGGGAUCUGUAGGUCAAUAUUGGACGAUCCCUUCUACAAUCACUGCUCUGAUCGGCUCCUGUGUGGAGAUUCCUUGUACAUAUUCUACCAUCGGAAAUUUAAGAUCGUCUCCCACUGUAUGGUACUUUUAUGCUAUAACAAGUUAUCCAGAGAUCCUAAACUCCGAGGACUCAUCUUCAGUACGGGAGGAAUACAGAGGUAGAACCUCACUGGUCCCAGGAGAGAAGAGCUGUACCCUGAGGAUAGACCCUGUGAGGAGAGGAGAUGGGAACAAAUAUUAUUAUCCAGGGAUCACAAGAGUUAAAUCUAUAAAUGCAUAUGAGAAACAAUCUAAAUCUGUAAAUCUUAUUAUCACAGAUACAAUGAAUGUUCAGCUUCAUGGACCUGGAACUAUGACUGAAGGAGAAGCCUCCACUAUACGAUGUUCUACAGAUCACACAUGUGGCUCCAGUCCUCCUACUAUACAAUGGAACAAACCCGGACGAGUUACAGAGGAGUCAGUGGAGAUUACUUUAGGAUACUGGAGAGAAGAAUCAGAACUCACCUAUAUCCCUUCAUAUGUGGAUGAUGGGAGCGCUGUUCAGUGCACAGUUGUGUACCCUAAUGGUCAAAUAAAUGAAAUAUCAGAAACACUGAACAUUAACUUUGCACCAAAAAAUGUGACUGUCACUGUCAUUAGGAUGGAAGAAGUGAUGAAAGGAAGUGAUGUGACUUUACAAUGUAACAGCUUCUCCAAGCCUGAUGUAUCUGAAUAUGAAUGGUACAAAGGGAAAAACAAAUCCAAAUUACCAGACAGAGGACGGGAGAUCACAGUGAAGAAUGUGACCUUGAACAUGGAGCCCUAUUCCUGUGCUUCUAUAAAUACUGUGGGAAGAGGAGAAUCAGCCCUGAUGGAGAUACCGGUACCAUAUGCAGCAACUGGAGUUCAUAUAACGGUGAAGAAUGAAGGCGAAAUGACUGAACUGACAUGUGAUUUCUUAAGCAGUCGACCGGAUGUAUCUCACUACACCUGGAUGAAGGAUGGAUCUAUAUUCCCCAACGACACGGGGAAGACUAUGACCCUAUACAACAAUGACGACACCUACGGGCGAUAUUCAUGUAUCGCCCACAACAGGGCUGGGGAUUCCUCCUCGGAAGAGAUCGACGUAAAACCUGGUUCUGUGGAUUUACCUUUGGUUUUGGGGACAGUUGCUGGAGUUUUUUUUCUGAUUUUUUUUGUUCUUCUCGUCUUCUUUUGCGUAAGACAAAAUAGUAAGUCGGUUCUUCCAACACCUCCAAUUCAUGGGACCAUACCUGCCCAGAUUCCUUAUCAAAAAACCAUUUCCAAGGAAGAAAAUGAGUAUGGAAAUAUCCUGAGCAAUGGCCACACCCGCCCAUUAGGACCAUCAGUGGAUGUAAACGUUGAAGAAAACUUUGCAAUUUACAGCAACAGUGAAGUCAUACACCCAUCAAAUGACGUUAAUUAUUCCAUUAUUUACCAUAAGCCACAUGACAAAGAGCAACUAAUCUCUUCCAAAAGAAGCCAUGUAGAGGUUGUGGAAUACGCAACUCUAAAACGCUAAAGGGGUUUUCUGAUAAAAAAAUAAAAAAUGUAAUUCAAGAACUCCAUCUCCAUCUGUUUACAAAAUGGUUACACUUCUUUGGAGAAUCCAGCAUUAAAGGAGUACUCCUGUGCCCCAGCGUUCUGAACAUUUGGUUCCAAACACUUGAAUCGGGCAGCCGUGAUCCUGUCUAUGGGAGGGGCGUGACGACACGAUGGACGGGAGUACCUCUUUAAGUAAAUGGCCAAGUCAUUGAAAUUAGGACUUUGUAAACACGAGUGUCCCUUGUGGUGUUAAAGGGGUACUCCGGUGGAAAACAUUU